AUGAUAAAAAUUGAAUUGCACACUGAUGAACUUUCUCAAGUUUUAUGCAUACUUGGUGGAUUCAUAAUAUGUUAUGGUUUGGUAUCUUAUUUAAUCAAAGAACGAUUGUACUUAUCUGAAGCUUUGGUAUCAACAAUUGUAGGGAUAAUUUUAGGUCCUGUAGCUUUACGUAUCUUGAAUCCUAGUGUAUGGGGAAAUCAAACUGAAAUUACUCAUGGAUUUACGCGAAUUGUUCUUGCCAUUCAAGUUAUGUUCUCUGGUGUAGCAUUACCAAAGGCAUAUCCAGUUAAAGAGUUCAAAUCUCUUAUGAUUUUACUUUUUCCUGUAUUGAUUUCCUCAUGGAUUUUUAGUGGAUUAUUAAUAUGGUGGAUAAUUCCACAAUUAACAUUUUUAGGAUCACUGGCAUUAGCAGCAUGUAUAACUCCUACUGACCCGAUUUUAUCAAAUUCAGUGGUUAAAGGAAAAUUUGCAGAGAAACAUGUUCCUCCUCAUAUUCGAAAUUUACUUUCAGCUGAAAGUGGAGCAAAUGAUGGUUGCGCAACUCCAUUUUUAUCUUUUGCAUUUUACCUAAUGGAGAGAGAAUCUGUUGGUCCAAUUAUUGGAAAAUGGAUUUUAAUUUCGUGGCUUUAUGAAAUUGGAGUUGCAAUUGUUGUGGGAAUUGGAUAUAUUGCAAGAAAGCUAUUAUAUUAUUCAGAACAAAAGUAA